AUGAAACAAAACGAAACGAAAAAAUUCUGUGAAAUCCCACCCAUUGACGGUAAUACCAUUCUUGGAUCAGAUGAAAUAUGUAAAACAAAAUGUUAUUUUUUAGUAUUGCAAAUUCUCCCAACAAAUAAAAAGUUUUCAAAAUUUGAAGUUACUGAUUUUACUUCCAAUGUACAAUUAAAUGAUGAGAUUGGUAAAGAUGAAAAAAAUUAUAGAUACCUUUGUACUGAUGAUAAUAAAGUUUUGGAAAUAGUCGUACAUCAAGAUAAAUUAGAUCCAAUUAGCGGUUGGUAUGAAGAAGAAUUUCCGGGUUUAAAAUUAAAUUUAGCACAAGACGUGAGAGAUAAUAACGGGCAAGUAUUUGUUGAUGAUAAAGUAUUGAUAAUGGCAAUGACAUUAAGAUGGAGAGAAUAUCAUGGCAAGUUGGAACCCUACACAUAUGAUCCAGAAGUUAUUAAAUGGGAACCAGAAAAUAUGACUGAAAAAGAUCAACAAGUUGUUAUUGAUUUAUAUAGAAAUAUACUACAACAAAGAGAUUAUGUUCAAACAUUGCAAAACAAAGCAAGUAAUAGACUUCAAAAAAUUAUACCAGCAGAGUUUUAUCAACAAUUUUAUAUAAAUAAAAAUUACUCUUAUAAAUCAGUUCAAAAAAAUACAAAUGAUACUGGUAAAGCUAAUGAAAAUUCAAACACAGUUUAUCAACCAACGGAAGAAGUUGAUAAAUCAAGUAAGCAAAAUGAGGAACAAUCUCAAGUCAAAAAUGAAGAUGAGGAGCAAACUCAAGUCAAAAAUGAAAUUAACACUAGUCAAGCAGGAGUUUCAAAUCUGGUAAAAGUAGAACCAAUUAUAUCUACCACUAUAUUGCCCGUUGAAUAUGAUGAAGAUAUCUUCGAUAAUUUAUCAAGUAGUGAUGAAAAUUUACCAACAAGUUCAACAGCAUCUCAACCAGCCCAACCUCGACUAGAAGAAAAAGCAUCAGUGAAUAUGGCAGAACAAAAAUUAGAUUCAGAAGAAGAAGAAGAAGAAUUACCAAUCACUGAAAUGGAAACUCCAACUCAUAAAAGAUCAUCAUCAGAACAAUCCCAACUACAAUCACAACCAAACAAACGUCAUCGACAAAAUGUACCAGGUGGAUUUAUUUCAAUACAAGAUUUAAACGAUGCAAAUUAUUUAAAAUUAGAAAUAGACAACAAGGUAUAUAAAAUUUUAUGUCAAAUUAUAGGUACAAAACCCGAAGAUCUUGCUUUAGUAUGUGGUAAAGAAUUAGUCAAAAACAAAAUAACCAAAAAAAUGGAAUUAGGUGAUCCAAUUAUAGCAGGAUUAAGUUUAUUAAUUGCUGAACCAAAUUUACCAUCAGGAUCAGAAUUAUAUGAAAAUGAUUUUUUAGAAAUUGAAUUAACUGAUCAAGACGUUUUAAAAUUAUUUAAAUGUGAUAGAAUUGAAGAAUUAUAUUUAAUUGGUGAUAAAAUUGAAAUUGAUUAUAAACAAGUUUAUGAAUUGGAAAUUAUGAAAAAGGAUUUUGGUGGCAUAAUAUUAUGGGGUGUUGUGGGUGGUUUAUAUUAA